UUUCCUGUCUGUCGAGUGGUGCGUUUGCGCCUCCUGUCUUGAAAGAGAGGUGAGGAAGAGUUUACUUUCCAGAGUUCAAGGUUUAGUUUCGGUGUUCGUCUGAAGUAGAGGGUUUGUCGAGGUAGAAAGCCCCUUUUCACGGAGCCAAGAUGCUGAACAUGUGGAAGGUCAGGGAGUUGGUUGAUAAAGCAACCAACGUGGUGAUGAACUAUUCAGAGGUGGAGUCGAAAGUCAGAGAGGCCACCAAUGAUGACCCCUGGGGACCAUCAGGACAGUUGAUGAGUGAAAUCUCAAGAGCCACCUUCAUGUAUGAGCAGUUUCCAGAGGUGAUGAACAUGUUGUGGGCUCGUAUGCUGAGGGAUAAUAAGAAGAACUGGAGGAGAGUUUACAAGUCCCUGCUGCUGCUGGCACACCUAAUCAGGAAUGGAUCAGAGAGGGUUGUUACCAGUGCCAGAGAACAUCUGUAUGAUCUCAGAUCAUUAGAAAGCUACCACUUUAUAGAUGAGAAUGGGAAGGACCAAGGUGUGAAUGUGCGUCAGAAAGUGAAGGAGUUGGUGGAGUUUGUCCAGGAUGAUGACAGGCUUAGGGAAGAACGGAAAAAGGCAAAGAAGAACAAAGACAAAUACAUUGGAGUAUCCUCAGACAGUAUGGGUUACCGAAGUUACACGGGGGACAGGCACGACUCCAGCGAUAGCCGGUCAAGGUGGGAUGAUGAUUGGGACAAGAGUAAAGGACCUUUCCCCUUCAGCGAGAAGCUGGGGGAGAUCAGCGACAAAAUCGGCAGCACCAUUGAUGAUACCAUAAGCAGAUUUCGGAAAAAGGAUAGAGAUGACUCACCAGAUCGAUUCAGUGACAAUGAGGAGGACCGGAAUCGAACGUCUUACAAUGGCCAGACAGGAAAAGAAUUUAAAGAUGAAGAGGAAACUGUUACCACCAAGAGUGUACACAUAGUGCAGGCAACAGAAACUACAGCAACACGAAAGAGAGGAGCCCCAUCCAGGAAAGUAGACUUGGGAGCCGCUGCCCACUACACAGGAGACAAGAGCCCAGACACCUCUGCCAAACAGUCGCCAGCAGCCCCUCAACCCUCCAGUACUGGCCUCGCAGAUCUGCUUAUGGUGGACACAACACCGAGCCAACCUGCAUCCACAGACCUGAUCAGUGGAUUUGCUGACUUCUCUUCGUCUGCUGCCUCCGCCGUCCUCUCCUCGGGAGCUGCAGCGCCAGCCUCAAGCAGCAAUGGAGAUUUUGGAGAAUGGAAUGCCUUCCCUGGAGGUCAGAUGCCAGCGUCUGCUCAGACUGCUGACAACAGUGGAAAUGACCUGUUUGGAGCCAUGACAGCAGGUCCUGCCACUGCUACUGUCCCCGCCCCAGUCUCAGCUCCAGGCUCUGGUCCUGCCUCUGCAGACCUGUUUGACUUGAUGGGGCCCUCUCAGUCCCUCACCUCCUCUCAGAGCCUCAGCUUUAGCAUGAGCAGCACACAGAGCAUGAGCACCACAGUCCUGCCCCAGUCUAGGUCACAGCCACUACACGUGGGGGAUCCUUUACAACCGCAGUCUGUCGUGCCCCUUCAGCCUGUGCAGCAGGGAAUAGCCUCUCACGGUGCAGAAGCCAAAGCGUCUCUCCCUUCCACCUGGUCAGACCACUCAGUUAACAUCAGUCUGGAUUUCCUGGGCCCAGGCAUGCAACCACCCAAGCCUAGCCAGCCCACCCUCAACACCCUCCAGCAAGGCAACCAGGUACCUACCAAUAUGCUCUCCCAGGGAUUUUCCGGUAUGACCCUUGGACCUACAACAAUAAGACCAUCUGUAAAUCCUAUGAUGCAUCCUGCUGCUGGAAUGGGCAUGGGCAUGGGGAUGGGGAUGGGGAUGGGGAUGCCUCCCAGUCAGGGUAUGAUGGGGAUGGGAAUGAACAUGGGAAUGCCCGGUGCUAUGGGAAUGGGUAUGGGGAUGAACCCUGCAAUGGUCCAACAGCCCAAACACGAUGCCUUCGCUGACUUUGGUAACUUUGGAAAGUGAUGGAGCUGGAAAGCAAAUAUUAUGGUGGAUUGGUGUAGCUCUUUCCCUCCCUCUGUCUCUCUCUCUUUCUUUCUCACCCCGUCCAUUGGUGAAGGAAUGUUAUGAGCUGCAAACAAAGAGUACUUGAAUAUUGUCAACUAUCACAAUACACCCCAAAAUCUCCUUUUUUUAAAAAAAAAUAAUGCUGUGUAGUGAUAUGCAACUAAAUGAAUGUGUUUUGUGUUGUUUGAACCAAUGAACUGUCUGAUCUGGGGUGAUGGUCAGACACACACUGAUGGACAGUGUGCCUUAUUGGUUCCUUAUAAGUCAGUGAGAGGAGGGAAGAACGUGCCACCAAGAGAACGUCAGGGGGAUUUGCUUUAUAACCUCAAUCAAGUGAAAUCACCAGAAUAGCAAAAAAAAAUAUCAGUAGCUGUAUAAUUUUUUGAGCUGCGUUCUAUGUAACUUUACUGAAUGAAGAGUUUGAAUAACAUGAUCAGCCAUUUUAACUUUCUAAUGUUUGUUUAAGAAUGUCAGGUUACCUCUUUUUUGUCCUUGCUCUUCCUUUAACCUGUAAAUAGAAAUCUGGAGCCCUUACAAAUAACUUAUGAAGUUCCUGUAUGAGAGGAAGUGACAGAGUGAAGAGUAUCACGCAGACCAAAUCUGAUACCAGUUAAGACCUUUAGCAAAGCACAUUGACACCUUCUCUUUGAGUGUCCACACACUCCAAAUGUGACCCAUCAGUGCUACAGUUAAAGUAAUAAACAUUUGGAGUGAAGGCUAUUGGAAAUUAUAUACACAUAAUUACAUAUAAAGAAGAUUAUAAUCAGUUUUCACCCAAAUGAGAUAAUCAGUAGGUAGGAUAAUCCUGAUACAGGGGUUGGGGGUUGUGGGUUCUUUAUUACAGCACAGUGCCUGAAAGACCUUUGCCUUUUCUCUUCUGUUAACCUUUUUGAAGGAGACAGUGUGACUGUGCAGUGUUGAGGACAGCUUCCAGAUAGGAGCUUCUGUACAAUGUACGAAUGUGUGUUUGUACUUAAUGCCUCAAGCCAAGCGUUCUGUCUGUACAGAUAUCAAAUGCAAUUGUAUAAUUAUUUCGCUCACUUUUUUUGUUGUUUGUCCCAUAGUUUUAUUUCUACUGUGUUCACGUCAAUAACUUCAGAGCUCAAAAAAAAACAAAAAAACACCCCAAGAUAAAAAUAUGUUGACGCAGACUGUUGUAAGAUUGCACCGUGCGUAUGUGUGUUAAAUGUUCACCAGUGCAUCUCAGUGAAAGCCACCUUCACAACUUCCAUGUUUAUUAAUGUAACGCAUUAAAAAGAGCAAUCGUAAA